AUGGAAGCAGCGGAGGCGGAGGCCCUGGCGCUUCAGAUUCAGCGAGAUCUCAAUGAGGAAGGUGAGGCUGCCGCGCGGGCGUUCGCUCCCCUCUCUGCCUCUCAGGCUGCAAUUAUUCUCGUGGAGCCUGCGCUCAGAAGAGCCAAGCAGCUCCGCGAGCGUCUGUUGUACAAGAGGAGGAGGUCACGCGAGAGAGAUAUGCUACAUUACCACGUGAACUUCACUUUUCUGGGGAGCACACUCUUGAUCUCGCCUUUAGCAGGACCUCAAAGCACCAGAAGCCGUGUGUUGCGUAUAGCUGACAUGUUGCGUCGAGACCGCCGGAUGGCGGCCUCGAUAUACUUCUUUUACGGUUUCUGCCUCAUGGGCUUCACUGCCUGCCUCGUGGCGCUUCUCGUCCUCUACAGGCACGACUGGGAUCGCGGUUGCGACGCGGGCGUCAAGCUGUGGGGUCUGGUCUGGCUGGGGCGGAUGAUUGUUCAGCUCGUGUUGAACACACUCGUGACCUCUUGGCGCAUUCGCGCGAGCCUCGCUACCGUCCCCCGAGUCCUGGUGAUCUUGACGCGCCUCGUCCACGCCUUCGGCUUCACCUGGUGGCUCUUCGGCGUGGAGCAGCUCUACUUCGAGCCUCACUGCGGCGAACCCACGCUCGCCCGAACGGUCGCGCAGAUCAUGUUCUGGGUGACAGGAACUGUCUAUCUUGUGCCAUUCCUCGUCUACACUCUCAUCUGUCUCUGUCUCCCCUGCAUCAUCUACUUCAUGGUUCGCUUCGCUGUCCGACCGGCGGACCGGCAGCCCACCCCGCCGUUGCUCAUUCAGCAGCUCGAAGUGAAAACCUACCGCGAUCUCGUUGAAAAUCUUCGGCGCCAAUACACGCUCGACACUCACGAAGUCGACGUUCAGCAGGAGCGCCGCUCGCUUCCAGGCCUUUCGUUUGGGACGGUGAUCGACAGCGUCUCGAACUUGCUCGCCUCCGGCGCGCCGUCGGUGUCUCCGUCUGCGCCGCCGCCGGGCGGCUUCGCGCGGUUGGGCUCCACGGGCGCGGUCGGAGGCGGGGGUCUCCCGGGCGCGUCCUCGGCUGGGGGACUGGGCGCCAGGGCGGUCAGCAGAGAGCUGGGCGAGGGCGGCCCGAGCGCCUCGGGGCUCCUCGAGCGUCAGUCGAUCUCAAUCAACAAGUCGUGCCCCAUCUGCAUGGUAGAUCUGGAUGACGAGGACGAAGUUCUCAUCAUGCCCUGCGACAGCAGGCAUUUCUUUCACAAGGCGUGCGUGGAGCACUGGCUGGAAACGAGUCAAGCGUGCCCGAUCUGCCGCGCGAAUAUCGUGAACAUUCUGAUUGGGACGCCCUCCGAUCCGAAUAUGGCGCCGGUAGACCAGCGAGAUUUGGAGAUGCAGAUCUAG